GCUGUUUUGAAUCUCACUCUAGUAUUUUUUUUGAUCGGUGAGAGUUUCGGAUUUUUAGAUACGUAUGUUCAUAUAAUACCUGUAUUUGCAUAUCUGCAUGUAUAGAGUUCCUACGCUUUUGUUUUAAGCCUGGAAUUAUUACAUUUUUACUGCAUCUUAUGAAAGUCAACAAAAGCAAAGGUGGAUGAAAAAUAAAAAAAGUAGCGAAGGUGUAUAUAUUGUAAGUAUAGUGUUUUUUUGUUAUUUACACUCACAGGAGGUGGAGCUUGAUGAAACAAAAGCAAAGGUGGAUAAAGUAAAAGAAGAAAACGAGAAGUUAAAGCUCUUACUCUCUACUGUCCUUGCAGAAUACAACUCUCUUCAAAUGCAUGUCUACAAUGUUAUCCGACAGCAAAAUGAAUCUUCUAUGAAGCUAGACGGUAACGGUAACGGUAACAAUGAGGAUUUGGAUGUAGAUAUAUCUCUUAGGCUUGGAAGAUCAGAGCAUAAAAUAUCCAAGAAAGAGGAAGAAGUAAGGAAAAUUAUUGCGGAAAAUAUUUCUAUUGAGAAAAAGGAAGGGUCAGAAAAGAAAAGAUCGGCACAUGGUUUAGGAUUCAGAAUUCAAAGUUUUGAAGAUCCUAAUACUGAUCAAACCAUGAAGUUUGAUUAUCAUUUUAGAGAGGUUAAGAAUAAGGACGUGGAAAAUAAAUGUUUAUCUUCCAGGAAAGAUUUCAAGACGGCUAGAAAUGAAGAACAUCAUGAGGUUUUGGAAGGACAUGAGCAACCAGGUUUAAAGAAAACUAGGGUUUGUGUGAAAGCCCCAUGUGACGACCCAUCGAUAAACGACGGUUGCCAAUGGAGGAAAUAUGGUCAAAAGACUGCAAAAACGAAUCCUCUUCCACGAUCUUAUUACCGCUGCUCCAUGUCCUCAAAUUGUCCCGUAAGAAAACAGGUGCAGAGAUGCGGAGAAGAUGAUACAUCUGCUUAUAUGACUACAUACGAAGGAAACCACGACCAUCCACUUCCCAUGGAAGCAACUCAUAUGGCUGCUGGAACUUCAGCUGCCGCCUCCUUACUACAAUCUGGCUCCUCCUCUUCAGCAAGCUUGAGCCAUUUCUUCCCUUUUCACCACUUCUCUGUCUCCACCACCAACUCCCACCCCACCGUAACACUUGACCUCACACAACCAAACUAUGAUCCCAAUCAAUUACCAAACCACCCUCUUUCUUCUUCCUCUCUCAGCUUCUCCUCCUCUGAUCAUCCAUCUCCAUCAAACAGUCACACGUUGAGCUUCAGUGGCUUGAGACCACAAGCUCCAUUUACUACAUACUCACAUUUAUCACAUCAAACCAGACUUUCUGGACAGCAGUGACUUUGUAUAUUGGUAUAGAUACAUGUUUUUUUGGUCAUGUAUGGUUUUAAAUUGUCUUAGGCAUCACGGACUUCCAACUCGAAACAAAUAGCAAUGAGUGGAUUAGUCCUUGUCAUUUGUACACUAUACUAAAUUUUAUCUUUUUGUGAGAUCUUCUAACAAUUGCUUGAUCUGGUUUGAAUUAUGUGUGUCAUAUACAGUUUGUAGAUAUUAAAUUUAUAUAGUUAAUGGUGUUGAAG